UUCUUAACAAUGGUGCUGGUAAACGGAUGAGAGUCUUGCUAUGGGCUGGAGACGCUUUGAAAUAUCAAAGCCAAAUUACCAUGUACCAGGUUAUCGAAUUGACGAUGGGAACAAUUCGUGACAUGAACCUGAAAUUUCCUCUUCCUCCAGGAAAGGACUACGUCCUGACGGAGUAUCACUUCCAAACUGCCAGCACAUUGACCUGUCGUGGAUUUUAUAAAAAGGAUGAUUCUUAUCGGGAUUACGAAGAAGUUUCUCUUGGAGAGAUCAUGACAAAGACUACUCGAAUCUGCACUGAAGUGUAUAUUCGAACACCAUUCAAAUCAGUCACCACAGCUACAGAAGUUCAAGCUAUGGGCUUGACUGUUGAUAAGCAGUUCAAGUUAUCAGUGGGAAUCGUAAGCUACACACCAAAUCCAGAAAUUGUACCAGGUGUUUGUGUGAAGAUUAGAGGAAUUCUUGAGAAAAAUAAAAUGGGAGGUGUGUUUUUGAAAGUCGAUGACAUGUCAUGUAUCGAAAUUGUGGCUGGUAAGACAAUGAGUGUAUCAGAGAUGAAGAAUAUUGCCAUUUCAGCGACAUCAAAACGUCGUUCAGAGGGAUCAUUGCCUUUAUCAAAACGUAACAAGGAAAAUGGAUCCCCCAACAAAGAGAAAAUGGAAUAACACUAUUUCUCUCUUUCGCAAUUUUUCAAAUGAAGAAGCUAGGUCUAUUUUGAGCAGUUUUAUUUAAGUUCAAAAAGCUCUUAAUAUACGUGUGUCAUGGUUAUUCAAGCUUUCAUACUAAUUUUUUUGUUCAAAAUUUGAUAAAAUAUUAUCAUUCAAUUCU